GCGAAGUGAGCAUCCUCGACCAAAGAGAGCGCCUCGCCAUGGCAGUCUACACGUGCUCUGAGCCGCUGUAUGGUCUCCAUUCGCUGUGUGUUCCAGUUUGCCAUGGUCAUCGAAUCUCCGUGUGCCAGAUUGCGAGAAGUGAGCAUGCCGAGCUAAGUCCCCGCAGGGCGCGAAGAGACCCAGGCGCAUUGCAGAAGGCAGUUGAGCAGUGUGCGGUCGAGAGGCGUGCAGCGGUGGAGGAGGGGGGAGCGUGUCCGAGCUGGUCCCGCGGCGCGAAGAGACCCGGGCGCAUCACAGUUCAAAAAUCGGGUGCGGUCGAGAUGCGUGGAGCGGUGGAGGAGCGUGUCCGAGCUGGUCCCGCGGCGCGAAGAGACCCGGGCGCAUCACAGUUCAAAAAUCGGGUGCGGUCGAGAUGCGUGGAGCGGUGAAGGAGCGUGUCCGAGCUGGUCCCGCGGCGCGAAGAGACCCGGGCGCAUCACAGUUCAAAAAUCGGGUGCGGUCGAGAUGCGUGGAGCGGUGGAGGAGCGUGUCCGAGCUGGUCCCGCGGCGCGAAGAGACCCGGGCGCAUCACAGUUCAAAAAUCGGGUGCGGUCGAGAUGCGUGGAGCGGUGGAGGAGCGUGUCCGAGCUGGUCCCGCGGCGCGAAGAGACCCGGGCGCAUCACAGUUGAAGAAUAGGGUGCGGUCGAGAUGCGUGGAGCGGUGAGGCAUAGAGCGGGUGGCGAGGAGGUCCAAGGGAGGAGGAGAUGGUUGCUUCGUGGACUGCCUGUGAGUGGGUUGUCCGUCUGUCUCCAUACCAUAUCAUCGCCUCGUCAGUGGGUUGUCUGUCUGUCUCCAUACCGUAUCAUCGCCUCGUGUGCGGCAGCGCCGAGCAGCAGAACGAAGAGCAGCGACGACUGCGGUUGGAGCGCGGGAGCGAGGGGCGGGCGCCGCGGCGGCGGCGGAGGAGAGAGCGGUGGCAGGAGGAGUGGCGGCGGUCUUCGGGAUCGCAUGUGCGUUGGUGAAGGUGCUGUGCGGCUGUCGGUGUCAUCGUGGCUCCGUCACCAUUCGUCCGUCACCAUAUCAUCGCCUCGUGAGGGCGGCAGCGCCGAGCAGCAGGACGGGUAGCGACUGCGGUGGAGCGUCGGAGCGAGAGCGGGGGGGCGGGGGGCGCGGCGGCCGCAGGGUGGCGGCGGCGGCGGCGGCGGCGGUGAGGGGGGAGAGGGAGGCGACGGGCGGUGAUGGAGAGACGGCGCCAAUAUGGAUCACGCUCUCUCACCGCACGCAUGCUUGCACCGAGGCACCGAGGCGAGACGACGAGCGCGACUGCGAGGUUGGAACACCGGACGAGGGGGCGGGGCGGGCGGCGGCGGCGGAGGAGGCGGCGGAGGUGGCGGUGGCGGUGGCGGGUGGAGCGAGGUGAUAGAGGGGAAGAGGAGCUGACUGGCCUCGCGAGCCACGUGCCGCCGAGCAGGAAGGUAGCGACUGCGGUGGAGCGUCGGAGCGAGGGCGGGGGGAGGCGGGGGGCGCGGCGGCCGCACGGUGGCGGCGGCGGCGGCGGCGGCGGUGGAGGGGGGGAGGGAGGCGACGGGCGGUGGUGGACGUGGAGAGAAGCACACACAGGACCACUUGCCGAAAGAAGCUCGAGCCGCCCGGAGGCUUGUUUGCAACUGCGGUUGGCAGCGGAAGCGAAGGGCGGGGCCGGGCCGGGCAGGCGCAGCCGAGUGACACCGGCGCCAACAUGGAUCACGCUCUCUCACCGCACGCAUGCUUGCACCGAGGCACCGAGGCGAGACGACGAGCGCGACUGCGAGGUUGGAACACCGGACAAGGGGGCGGGGCGGGCGGCGGCGGCGGAGGAGGCGGCGGAGGUGGCGGUGGCGGUGGCGGUGGCGGGUGGAGCGAGGUGAUAGAGGGGAAGAGGAGCUGACUGGCCUCGCGUGCCGCCGAGCAGGAAGGUAGCGACUGCGGUGGAGCGUCGGAGCGAGGGCGGGGGGAGGCGGGGGGCGCGGCGGCCGCACGGUGGCGGCGGCGGCGGCGGCGGCGGUGAUGGGGGAGAGGGAGGCAAGUCGUUGACCUGUCCACCUUGU